AUGGCCACUCCAUCGAUACCCUCUGAACCAAUUCAGCUUCCUUCUGUUCCUGUUCCACAAAAGGACUUUAUCACAUAUCUUUCUCAGCAUCCCAACGAUCGUGUGGUUGAUCUGGUUGAGCCUUUCAAGGCCUAUGAAUCCAAGCUUCGAGAAGUCUUCUCGCAGCAGCCCACGCACGAAGCUGCUCAGGACAACCAUGUGAACCUGGUGCCAAUCUAUGCUGGACAUGAAGGCCUUGCCAAGGUUCGAGCACGCAAUGUGCGAGCAGAGACGCCAGAAGAGACGGGAAAAUAUAUGAUGCCUCUAAUGGAUGAUGCCCGGCUGCCAAAUGGUUCUUCUGCGGUGGUGCCAACGCUUCAGGAUUUUCGCACCAAUUUCGGCAUCUUCAGCGAAUCAUCUUUGGCCGAUAUGGACUGGAGCAAUGUGGUGGUUGCUGGCAGUGCUGUUACAACCGCCCUUCUUCCAGUUCCAGAAAAGUAUAAAGGAUCCAAACGCCUGCUCCGAGAAUACUACCACGAGAAGCUCGCCCCGGCCUCGGAUGUCGAUCUCUUUAUUUACGGUCUGAAUGAAGAGCAGGCAAUUGAGAAAAUCAAACAAAUUGAUCAGAAGAUUAGAGAUGCUAUCUUGUCUGAGACCACGGCUGUCCGCACCAAGCAUGCGAUUACCAUUGCAUCUCAAUAUCCCGUUCGUCACGUUCAGAUUGUGCUUCGCCUCUAUCGUUCUGUCUCUGAGAUUCUUGCUGGCUUUGACGUCGACUGCGCCUGUGUCGCCUAUGAUGGGAAGCAAGUCUACGCAUCACCACGUGCGCUUGCCUCAUUUGUCACGCAGUGUAAUACCAUCGAUCUCACCCGACGUUCUCCGUCCUACGAAAAUCGGCUGUCCAAAUACGCUCGACGCGGAUUUGAGGUCUAUUGGCCCGAUCUAGAGCGCUCUCGGAUCGAUCCGACCAUUUUCGAAAGAAGUUUUGCCAGCACCAAGGGUCUAGCUCGUCUGCUUCUCCUGGAAAAGCUGCCCAAGCAAGGCGAUCGUGAGGCGUACCUCGAUCAACGACGCCGCGAACGGGGUAGGCCAAACGCUGAUCGAUCCAGGGGAAGAAAACGAAUGAUUUCAGGCAACAUCAAAGAUGAAGACGAAGAGGUUGCAGACUGGAUAGAUGAUGACGAGGAUGUCUCGUCUUAUCAUACAUUUUCCGUCCCCUAUGGUCCCAAGUUUCACGCUCGAAAGAUUGAGAGGCUUCUUUAUACCAAAGAUCUUCUCCUCAACGCCGAAUGGAAUGAACAAACAGACAGAGAAGUGCACCUUCAUCGCCAUCCAUUCUUUUUUGGGUUUAUCAAUGAAAUUAUGCACGACUGCUGCGGAUCCUGUCCUGUGCCGGUCACAGACGAAGAAAAGGAAGUAGCCGAGGUCGAUAGCAAGAUAUAUAUUUCUGGGGACAUCUCUUUUAUCAAGGAUGAUCCAGGACGACAAAGCGUCGGAAGCUUCAAUCCCAUCACGACAGAUGAUUGGACUGCAAUGGCUUAUCUUGGGGAUACGGCACUACUUUGCCAGGCUAUUGUCGAGGGCAAUCUCUCUUAUGUCGAGAAGUGGUGCAGCAACGAUGAUAUUGAUAUAAAUCGGCGAGACUACACCGGGCGCACUCCCUUGCACCUAGCCGUCAUGUCCUCGACUGUCGAGAUUGUGCAAUGCUUGAUCGACCAUGGCGCAAGGCUCGUUGCGCGGUUGGUUGAUGGCAAGACGGCAUUGCAUCUAGCAGCAGCCAGAGGGGAACAGGCCAUGGUCAAAAUCCUUUUGGAUAAAAGCGAGGCGAAUGAAGAAGAGGAGGCGAAGAAAGAAGAGGCUCGCAGGGCUCUCAAAUCAAGGGAAGUGGCUGAGAAUGCGAACUCGACUGCCGCCGACGAAAAGGCGGCUGAAGAAGAUGAAGAUUACGAUAAGAUAACUUCUCACGAGAAGGAAUCCGUUGCGGUCAAUACCGAGGGGUCAUUUGUCAAGAUAGACCCCUCCUCACCCCAGCCUACUGCGGAUAUGGAGCUUGAUGAGAUUGAGAACGAAGAAGACGAGCCGGAUAUUUACGAUAUCAACGUACUGGCCUGGGACUUCGGGGUUUCGCCUCUGCAUCUAGCAAUUUUACAUGCUCAUGAAGAGCUUCUCAAACUUCUUGUUUCCGAAUAUGGAGCAGACUUACUGGUUCCGGCCAAGCCGCCGCCGGAGCAUAGCUGGAGCGCAAAAGGUGUGGCUCUGAAUCUUACACUUGCAAUGCGACGCGCGGACCAAAAGGCAGAAUCUCUUGUUCGAACCUUGCUCGGUCUAGGUGCAUCUUCAGGACAGGCGGAUCCGAAGGCCACCUCCGCUUUUCAUUUUGCUGUUGCACUGAAACAGAAGAAAGUUUUGGACAUCUUUUUGCAGGAGGAUUUGCCGGCCGCAAAGAGAGUCAUCAAUCACAUAUCUCAGACACAAUCCUGGGGCGGCCAUUACAGCCGGCCGCUCGUAACAGCUGUUUUCAAACAUGACGGUAUCACACUGGAAAAGUUGCUUCAUCACGGAGCAUCCCCAACAGUCAAUUAUGAAGAUUGGGCCAAAGCGUUCCCUGAUCUACCUAACAGCUGGUAUAUACCGUCGCUCGAGGAGAAAAAGGGGAAAUUUUAUACCAGCGUAAAGCAGCCAGCGGAGAUUGCAAUUGAGGACGAAUCUCCCGAGUGUCUCCUGAAACUCUUAGAAUACGGCGUGGAUCCCAAUAGCCUCACAGUCCAAGGCCACCAGGUAAUAAGAAAUCUCAACGACAGGGAGUACAAGCUCGGCGAAACUAUACUGGACCUUCUCCGCUCCCGUUUGAACCUUCUCCGAAGUUAUAAGGGGGAACGUGUCCAUCAUUCCAAGCCUAAUGAGUUGCAAGACGAUGAUCAUUACCUAUCGCCUUUUCAAAAGGGAAGCUACCUUUACUGGAGUGCUUGUAACCAAGUUGCGGUUAAAAGGAGACAUUAUAGCGACGAAUUAAAGCAAUAUGAAGACGAGCAUAAAAAGGUCCACGAGCAUCCCGGCAUCACGCAGAAGAAGCAUUUUAUUGAAGGACUCAUCAAGCACUUUGAAGAGCUCGAAUCCCUCCUAGUUUCCAAGGGCGCCAAGACUUUCAAGGAAUUGCACCCGUCCAUUGAGCCGACCAGGCGCAGUCCUUCGAAUGACGGUGCGGGCUCCUCCUGGAAAUCCCCGCCCUUCAAAGUUCAAUUCAGAUUCAAUAAUUCCGUGACGACAGAGGAAAUAGAAGAAGGGUACAAGCGACUUUUCGAGGCGGCAUGGAUGGGAGAUAUUGAGACUAUCAAAUUGCUGACACUGGCUCAUUGGGGCGCAAACGCCGAAAACCCACCUCUUAUGGUGGCGGUUAAAGACUCUCGAGGGUUCUCGCCAUUCUUCAUUGCCAUCAUGCGCGGCCAUCUCAGUGCGGCACGGGCCAUAUUUGACAUUGCGGACGUGCAAUUCGAGCCGCCGGAAGAACCUCGGAAACAGUACAACAUGGCUGACGACGAGGACGACUCUGACUCUGAAGAGGGUGAUCAAGUGCCUAUUUAUGGCGAGCUGGUAGACGAGAAGUUUACCAUUGACGACCUUGGCGCAGUAUCGAAAACUGUUAAGAGCAAGGUUCGCCCCACGGAAAUGCUUUGCUGGGCAGCGCGAAUUUCAGACCAGGACUCUUCGCAAGUGUUCCCCAAGAAUAUCCUUCCGGGUUUUGAGGGGUGGCAGAAUUACGUGAAUCCUCUGAGGUAUGCGAUUCAGAAGAACGACGCUGAGUUGACCAAAUACAUUUUGAGUAUCGGAAAUGAAUUUGCUGCACGCUUGGCACAAGAGGAUGAGCCACAUCUGUACGAGGUGGGCAACGACGAUUUUGAAGCGGCCGUCCGGUUAGGAGCUAUUGGCCCACUGGCAGAAAUGAUUAGAAUCUCAGGUGCUGGUCUCCCUCUUGAUUCGCUCUCUCGAAGAUUCGGCACCCAGAUCAAGACGCAACCUAAACACUAUCAAGGUUUAAGCAUCUAUGGUCGCAAGCGUGCAGACUGGGCUCAGCAUGGAAGGAACGAGAACAUAUGGAAGAAUGGAAACAGUCGGCCCCCGCUGCUUAUAGCCGCGCAUGCAGGAUGCAUAGAAUCAGUCGAAUGGUUCUUCAGCGACGCUCCCGCACGUCUUUACAAGGAGUACCUAGAAGAGAAUCGCGACGACGUGCGGGUCCAGGCUCUACUGCGGGGUUCGCAAAGCCUGGACAAAUUGAUCUCAUCCUGGCUCGGCACUAGAAAAAACCUUGUUGCCCACUGUGCCGUCGUGAGGGAUGACGACAGCGACAGCCAACGAUCUCUCUUGAACUAUCUCCUUUUAGUAGCCCCCAAAUCUCUCAACACGAGAUCCCAAGUCGGAUAUACCCCUCUCAGCCUCGCCUUCUACCGCAAGCACAUCACUCUCGCUCGCACCUUGAUCGCCGCCGGCGCCGACCAGACCACACGCGACAAGACCGGACGCAACAUUAUCCAUCAGCUGCUGGCCGACAACUACGACCGCGAAGUAGACCGAGUCCAGAAAAUGCUCGAUCUCAUCGACAAGCGCCUCCUCCCUGGCCUCUUCUUCGAACGCACAGCCGAGGCCCAAGGCGCGCAGACUCCGCUUGUCAGCUACAUGUUCACGGCGUCCGACCAGUCAGAGCUCGAGAAAAAAGAAGGCCUUGCCGUCGUCGAUCUCCUGCUCAAAUACAGCCGCGGCAAAGACCUCGAGGUCCUCAACAGCGAAGGAGACACCCCCUUGCACAUUUGCGUCCGCAACGGCUGGCCCAACGCCGCCGCCCUCAUCAUGUCUCAUCGCCCAGAACUCGUGCACCGCGAAAACGCCACCGGCCGCACCCCGCUCGAAAUGGCAGAGGACUACCAUGUCCGAGAAUUCGUCAAGAAUGCUUCGAACAUCUCCAUUCCAACAGCUCAAACUUAUAAUAAUAACCAAAGAAGUCACGCCCUUGAUAAAAGCUAUGAGGAUUACGCCAGAGACUCCUCCGAAAACGAAAAGGGUCCGAAAGAUGACAGAAGUAAUGUUGAGCGCACGUAUCAAGCCUGUCUCGAAAUAAGCACGCGUUCUCCCCAGCCGAGAAAACUGGCUAGUCUGUCUGAAGCCCAUGAGCUCGCGGCCCGACUGUCCCGCGCGCAAGAUCGUGAGAGGGCAUCGUCGGAAAGGAAGAGUCAGAAUGGCGAUGAUGCCGAUGGUGAUAUCAAUAUGGAUGAAUGCACUAGCGAUGAAGUCAGUACGUGGUUGUAA